AUGUCCCAGAACAACACCCCCUCAAGACGGUACUCGAUGCACCGCCGCUCUUCGGGUUAUUCACCCAUAACGCCGCGCUCUUCUCACGAUUUUGAUCACAGCAGCCCUGCUCAUAAUUUCGACGGCGGGGGAGAUAGCGGAUUGGGCAAUUUGGCGGAUGAGCUGGGCGAUUUUUACAGCGAGGAUGAGGAGGAAAUGGACGAUGUGGAUCUUCCGCAGAGGAAUUUGGAUAAUAUAGGUGUUGCGAUCGAUCACGAUGGGUCUGCUGGUAUCAACACUAUGCCGAACUCUGUGAACGGGGUGCGUGACAGUGGGGUCGCGAUGCAGUCAUCGUCACCCUCUCAAGAGUCAAAGACUACAUUGAGUCCACAGACAGCACGUCAAACGGGACGGAGACACCAGAGGGCGCGAUCACUGUACGACGGGUCUGAUUAUGGAGACGACUCCGACUUGGAAGUCAACGAGGGGAUUUCUGCCGGGCUCGAAGCUCGGAUGGCAGCCGUGGAAAGCUUAGCGCGGCGAGGCAUGGAGGAGAAUGGAAGCUCUGCAGACCAGGUCGUCAAACGGGUAGUAGAGCGGCUCCGUGAUCUAGGGAGCCAAACCAGCAUCGAAAACGGCGCAACGAGACUCAAAACCGCCCACGAUGCCCUAACAACGCACCUCACCCACCAAUCCCGCACCCUUACCUCCCUCUCUUCCUCCUUCAGCGGCCCCCGCGCCGUCCUCCCGGACCUCGAAACCAUCGAAUCGCUCCUCCCACUUAUAACCACCACCCUCGACCUACUCCCGCACUCCUCCCCAGACCCCCUCUACUCUCUCUCCCAACUCACAUCCUCCACCCGCGAACUCCUACAACACCUCUCUAACGUUUCAGACUCGCUACACAUGAGCCGCCAGGCCAACGGUAACGCUGCGCGGAGGUUGAAAUCGGCAAAAGACCAGCUGGGGGAAUGGAAGCGGGAGACGGAAUUGAGAGAGCAGGGGGUGAGGUGGAUUGAGCGCGGGGAUUGGGAUAGACGGUUGAAGGAGAGAGAGGCAAAGGGCGCGUGUGGGAGUGUGGUAGAUGGGUUUGAGGAAGUUUGUGGAAUGUGGAGGAAGAGGCUUUGUGAGGGGUUGGGGGUGGGGGUGGAGGUUGUGACUGCAUAG